AUGGACCUGUUCUCGCAGACACCUCUGUUGCCAGGUAUUGUGCGGGAUCUUAGGGUUGCUGGCUGUCGCAGAUUGGAUGAGACGCCCAGUCUGCUGUGGGAGCGUCGAGAGAGUGCCGUUGGGGUGGGCCAAGAUGCCGUGAGGGUGGGCCAAGAUGCUGUGAGACACAGAGAGGAACAUCUAACACUAGAAGAAACCACACGACCGCUGGCCCAGAGGAAUGAACCACCAAACCCACCGCCCAAGUCACCAAACCCGGCCACCCAAGUCACCAAACAUGGACGGCCAAGUCACCAAGCCCCGCCACCCAAGUCACAAAAUCCGGCCACCCAUGUCACCAACCCGGCCACCCAAGGCACCAAACCCCACCACCCAAGUCACCAAACCCCACCAUCCAAGUCACCAAACCCGGCCACGCAAAACAUCAAACCCGGCUACCCAAGGCACCAAACCGCACCACCCAAGUCACCAAACCCCGCUAUCCAAGUCACCACACCCGGUCACCCAAGUCACCAAACUGCACCACCCAAGGCACCACACCCGGCUACCCAAGUCACCAACCCCGGCCACCCAAGUCACCAAACAUGGACACCCAAGUCACCAAACCCCACCACCCAAGUCACCAAACAUGGACACCCAGGUCACCAAACCCACCACCCAAGUCACCAAACAUGGACACCCAAGUCACCAAACAUGGACACCCAAGUCACCAAACCCCACCAUCCAAGUCACCAACCCCGGCCACCCAAGUCACCAAACAUGGACACCCAAGUCACCAAACCCGGCCACCCAAGUCACCAACCCCGGCCACCCAAGUCACCAAACCCCACCACCCAAGUCACCAAACAUGGACACCCAAGUCACCAAACCCGGCCACCCAAGUCACCAAACCCCACCACCCAAGGCACCAAACAUGGACACCCAAGGCACCAAACCCCACCACCCAAGUCACCAAACCCCACCAUCCAAGUCAUCAAACCCGGCUACGCAAAACAUCAAACCCGGCUACCCAAGGCACCAAACCGCACCACCCAAGUCACCAAACCCCGCAAUCCAAGUCACCACACCCGGUCACCCAAGUCACCAAACUGCACCACCCAAGUCACCAAACAUGGACACCCAAGUCACCAAACCCCGUCACCCAAGUCACAAAACCCGGCCACCCAGGUCACCAAACAUGCACGCCCAAGUCACCAAACCCGGUUACCCAAGGCACCAAACAUGGACACCAAAGUCACCAAACCCGGCCACCCAAGUCACCAAACGUGUACCCAUGUCACCAACCCCGGCCAUCCAAGGCACCACACCCCACCACCCAAGUCACCAAACCCAACCAUCCAAGUCACCAAACCCGGCCACGCAAAACACCAAUCCCGGCUACCCAAGGCACCAAACCGCACCACCCAAGUCACCAAACCCCGCUAUCCAAGUCACCACACCCCGUCACCCAAGUCACCAAACUGCACCACCAAAGGCACCACACCCGGCUACCCAAGUCACCAACCCCGGCCACCCAAGUCACCAAUCAUGGACACCCAAGUCACCAAACCCCACCACCGAAGUCACCAAACAUGGACACCAAAGUCACCAAACCCCAACACCCAGGUCACCAAACAUGCACGCCCAAGUCACCAAGCCCCUCCACCCAAGUCACAAAAUCCGGCCACCCAUGUCACCAACCCCGGCUAUGCAAGGCACCAAACCGCACCACCCAUGUCACCAACCCCGGCUAUGCAAGUCACCAAACCCCAACACCCAAGUCACCAAACCCCAACACCCAAGUCACCAAACCCCACCAUCCAAGUCACCAAACCCCACCACUCAAGUCACCAAACCCGGCCACCCAAGUCACCAAACCCGGCCACCCAAGUCACCAAACCCGGCCACCCAAGUCACCAAACUGCACCACCCAAGUCACCAAACCCGGCCACCCAAGUCACCAAACCGCACCACCCAAGUCACCAAACCCGGCCAAGCAAGGCACCAAACCGCACCACCCAAGUCACCAAACCCGGACACCCAAGUCACCAACCCCGGCCACCCAAGUCACCAAACCCCACCACCCAAGUCACCAAACCCGGCCACCCAAGUCACCAAACCCGGCCAAGCAAGGCACCAAACCGCACCACCCAAGUCACCAAACCCCGCAAUCCAAGUCACCAUAUCCCGUCACCCAAGUCACCAAACUGCACCACCCAAGGCACCACACCCGGCUACCCAAGUCACCAACCCCGGCCACCCAAGUCACCAACCCCGGCCACCCAAGUCACCACACCCGGCCAAUCAAGACACCAAAACCCACCACCCAAGUCUCCAAACCCGGCCAAGCAAGGCACCAAACCCACCACCCAAGGCACCAAACCCGGCCACCCAAGUCACCACACCCGGCCACUCAAGUCACCAAGCUCCCCACACACACCAGUCAUCAACCUAGAACACCAAAGUCGCCAAAAUCGACCACCCAAGUCAUCAAAUCUGGCCACCCAAGUCACCAAAUCUAGCCACACUGUCGCUUCUUUCGACAAACACAGAUUCCUGGUGAUCUAUUCUGAACCCGAAACCUCAACGGUGAUGGGAUUAGGUAACAGGAACGGUGAAUUGCAAGGAACAGUGGGCUGA